AUGAACAAAAACGGCCCAAAGGGCUCACAUUUCGACAUAUACCCCACUAAAUUCCUCAUACACGGGUACGGCCAAAAUGGUCAAAGUUAUUGGGUACUAACGGCAAGAAAUGCUUACUUAAAUAAAAUAGAACCUCACAAUGUUGUUAUUGUAGAUUGGGCAAAAGGUGCUACCAACUACGAGACAGCCGCGGCUAAUACAAAAAAACUAGGAGAACUGAUUGGACAGUAUAUUAUCGAUAACGAAAUUGAGCUAGAGGAUUUGCAGCUUAUUGGAUUUGGUGUAGGCGCCCAUGCAGCUGGACAGGCAGGAAAAUAUGUUGCUAACGUUACUGGUCAGUAUGUAGGUAGAGUAACUGGUCUUGAUGUAGCUAGUCCUAAAUUUGAAUUGGAUUCUGUACCACCAGAAAGCAAAUUUCAAAAAACUGAUGCUAUUUUCGUAGAUGCUAUUCACACAAACGUACAAAAGUGGGGAUAUAAGGUUCCGAUUGGGCACGUAGAUUGGUACGUAAACGGUGGAGAUGUUCAACCAGGAUGUCCAACCUUAGAUGUUCCGGAUACGGAUGUGUGCAGUCACUUACGCGUCAACGACUUAUAUGUUGAAUCAAUCAAUUACCAGGCACCUUCCUAUGAAUGUACGGUAACAUUUGAAAAUGGACAAUCUGUAGUGACCAAAGUUCCGUUUGGAAGACAAGUGGUAUUUGGUCAAAAAGUCAAUGAAUAUGAAAGAGGAAAUUAUACAAUAAAUACCAAUAGCGUUCCUAAGUAUUUGCCACGUUUUAAAUUUAUAGGACUCAAAUAA